AGCAUUAAUUUUAUUCGGAAAUUGAGGCAGAAAGGUUAUGUAAUUUAAGUAGUAAUUGAAUAAUUUUUGUUAAUGCUGACAUGCGCUACAAUAAUCUGGGCUGUUGCCUGUGUUUGUAUGGCCUGUGUGGGGGGAAAAUGCUGCCUGUGACAUAAAAUUCAGAUUUCAGCGUCCAAAGGGAAGUUUUACUGGAGCACAGCAAUCCAUUCCUUUAGCUUUUGCCCUGCUACGACUGCACACUUGGGUAUUUGAGAGAGCAUAUGGCCCGCAAAACCUGAACCACUGAGGCUCUAGCCCUUCACGGAAAAAGUGUUUGGCCCCCGACCUAGAUAAAUCCUAGGUGUGGUUACAAAUGUUAUACAUGGUUAUGAGAUGUGCACACUGCAAAGUAUAGGGUUGUAGAAUUGAAAAAUUUGACUUCGGGUUACUGUUCAUCAGUCUUAAAGGGCAAUUUUAUUUUGCACAAACCCAGUUUUCAUCAGUUUUGUCUCGGGCUUUGGCAUCAAAAGGUCCUAGGUGUAGUCCUGUGAGCUGCAUGCCACCUAGUGGAUUGCUGUAGGGUUAAUUCACAAAAUUUCAAGUUACUAACUCGGCCAAGGGGCCAAGGAUUUCCUUGCCCUUAUCAUGCCAAGGGUCAGAGACCGCUGGUUUAGACUUGAGCAUCUAGAUACUCAGGUCCUAUCACUGCCUGGGCAAGUCUAGCCACGACGGCCCUCAUUUCUAUUCCUUUUCCUGCAGCCCAACGAACAGAAAGGGGACUCCGCCUUACCCAAGCCCGGUCUCUCGGUAAAACCACACGCCACCCCACUCCCUGAGCUUAUCGUCCCGGACUGCUUCGGCGCCGAGGUCGCACAGGUGGCCCGAACCAACGAGGGCGGGGAAAGGGAUGGGGUCAGCCUAGGCAGCCAAUCAGGGCUCGGCCCCAAGCCCAGCCAAUGGGGCCGGGCAAGUUGGGGCUUAGCCAAUCGGGCCCGACGAGGAAGACCUGAGUCAGUGUUUGCACCUCUCGCUUCCAGCUUUGGGUGGCGCUGCGUGGGACCCGUGGGUCCCGACCGGGGUUCUCGCUGUCUCUCUCGUUCCUCUGAAAACCCCGUGUGCACCGUUCUGGAGGACAUGGCGCGGCAGUGGGGGCCCUCCAUGAGGGCGGCCGAGAAGGCGGGGUGCGUGGUGAGCGCCUCCCGGGCCGGGCAGGCCGAGGCGGGCUCGUGGAGCUGCAGCGGGGUGAUCCUGAGCCGCUGCCCGGACCUGGUGCUGUGCCACGGGGGCAUCUUCACCCCCUUCCUGCGGGCCGGGAGCGCGGCGCUGACCGCGGCCGGCGCCGCCUUCCUGCCCGGCGACAGUUGCGGUGACGACCUGCGCCUGCACGUGCAGUGGGGUCCGGCAGCCGCGAGCCUCGCAGGCCGCGCGGAGCGGGGCCGUCCGGGCCUGUGCACGCCCCAGUGCGCCGGCCCAGAGCCCGGCCCGCCGGCCCGACCCGGCGGCGGGCGCCUCCUGCAGCCCCCGCGGCCCGCCGAGCUGCUGCUGCUGCUGAGCUGCCCGGCCUUCCGGGCCCACUUCGCGCGCCUCUUCGGGGGCGAGGCGGCCGAGCAGUGGCGCUUCGCGAGCGCGGCGCCGGACGACGAGGUGUCGGAGGAGGAGGAGGAGGAUCAGCUGAGAGCGCUGGGCUGGUUCGCGCUGCUGCGCUUGCGGCCCGACCCGGAGGAGGAGGCGGCGGCAGAGGAGCAGCGUGGGCCGGUUGUGGCCGUGGCGUCUCCCGGGGCCGUGCCCAAGGGCGCGCCGCUGCUGGCCUGCGGCUCCCCGUUCGGGGCCUUCUGCCCGGACAUCUUCCUCAACACCCUCAGCCGCGGCGUGCUCAGCAACGCAGCCGGCCCGCUGCUGCUCACCGACGCGCGCUGCCUGCCCGGCACCGAGGGCGGCGGCGUGUUCGCGGCGCGGCCCGCGGGGGCGCUCGUGGCACUCGUGGCCGCGCCCCUCUGCUGGAAGGCCCGCGAGUGGGUGGGCCUCACGCUGCUCUGCGCCGCCGCCCCGCUCCUGCGCGCCGCCCGAGCCGCUCUCGGCCGCCUGGGCCCCGGCACCCACGCCCUGGCCGCCCUCCUGCCGCAGGAGAUGGGCGCCCCGUGGGGCCUGCCCCUCCGAGACCCCGGGCCCCCGUGGGCAGCUGCGGCCGUGCUGGUGGAGUGCGGCACCGUCUGGGGCUCCGGAGUGGCCGUGGGGCCCCGCCUCGUGGUGACCUGCCGGCAUGUGGCCCCUCGGGAGGCGGCCAGGGUCCUGGUGCGCACCACGCCCCCCAAGAGUGCCACGAUCUGGGGACGUGUGGCAUUUGCCACUCAGGAGACCUCCCCCUAUGACGUAGCGGUAGUGAACCUGGAGAAGGACCUACACGGUGUCCCCCUGCCGGUGCCGGCUGAGCAUUUCCAUGAAGGCGAAGCUGUCAGUGUGGUGGGCUUCGGGGUCUUUGGCCAGGCUUGCGGGCCCUCGGUGACCUCAGGCAUCCUGUCAGCUGUGGUGCGGGUGGAUGACACAGCGGUGAUGCUCCAGACCACAUGUGCCGUGCAUGGUGGCUCCAGUGGCGGACCCCUCUUCUCCCCCCGCACAGGAAACCUCCUGGGCAUCGUGGCCAGCAACACCCGGGACAAUGACACAGGGGCCACCUACCCUCACCUGAACUUCAGCAUUCCCAUCACGGUGCUGCAGCCGGCUCUGCAGUGGUACAGGCGGACGGGUGACCUGGGCGGCCUCCGUGAGCUGGACAGUGCCACGGAGCCCGUGAGGGUGGUAUGGCGGCUGCAACGGCCCCUGCCAGAGGCCCCGCGGAGCAAGCUCUGAGGCUGCAUCAAUCCUCUGGAGAGAAGAACCACCAUAUUACGCCACAGCAAAGCGCUGAGGGUAGCAGCCUCAGGAUCCAGACAGGGCACACCCCGGCUGGGCCGCCACCCCUUCAGCCCCACCUUGUUCGGCUCUGCAGUCGGACCAGACUUCCCUUCGGCCCCAUGGGUCUCCAACCUGGCAGCCUGUUUCGGGAUGCUCUUUUGAGCCCUCAACUCUGUCUGCCCACUGGCACUAAACUCAGCUGUGUUAUUUCUCCUUCUGGGGAGCCCCGUGUCAGUGCACAAUAGCCCUGGUCCUGACAGCCAGGGCAGGCUGGAAGGCAGGCCCAGCCCUGGCUUUGCAUCUGUCCCCUGUCUCCUGAUGGCCAGCGGCCACGGAGCAACUGCUUCAUGGGGCAGGAGCUUCCUCAGAAACCCUCAGCAGAGAGGCCUGCUCUGAAGACCAAAGAAAAGACGAAAAGGAUGUCUUUCUGGUUGUUACAUCUCUAGGUGGAGUCCCUGAAGGUUAGGAUUUGUGGGUCUUCAUAAGUCGGGUGUCGAUGACCUCCAGGAGCACUCUGACACAGUGCCUUUACUUUCCAACCCAUAAAAUGGGCCUCAGGGAUCUCACUGGGUAGAAUGUGUCUCGUUGCGGGUUGGGAAUAAAGAGAAUGUCUAGGAGAAA